UAUUCGCCCCUGUGGUCCUCUCCCGUCGAUUCAGGGCAGAUUUUCAUGCAGAAAUAAGCGUGUCAGCUCCGGCCUGCCACCUUGGAUUAGCCAGCACAGCGCUGCGGUGUCCCUCCACCCGGCCAUGGCGGCUCACAAACCCGUGGAGUGGGUCCAGGCCGUGAUUACUAGAUUUGAUGAGCAGCUUCCCAUUAAAGUUGUUCACCAGAACACCCACACCAAAGUCAGCACCGAGCACAACAAGGAAUGUCUGAUCAACAUCUCCAAGUACAAGUUCUCCCUCGUCAUCAGUGGCCUCACCACCAUCCUCAAAAAUGUCAACAACAUGCGGAUAUUUGGAGAAGCCUCUGAGAAGAACCUCUACCUCUCCCAGCUCAUCAUCCUGGACACACUGGAGAAGUGCCUGGCUGGGCAAUCUAAGGACUGCUUGCGUCUGGAUGAGACCAUGCUGGUCAAACAGCUGCUGCCGGAGAUCUGCCAUUUCAUCUAUACGUACCGUGAGGGCCACCAACACGCUGCUGAGCUCCGGGCCUCGGCCUCAGCCGUCCUCUUCUCUCUGAGCUGCAACAACUUCAACGCUGUCUUCAGCCGCAUCUCCACAAGGCUCCAGGAGCUGACGGUGUGCUCCGAGGACAACGUGGAUGUUCACGACAUAGAGCUGAUGCAGUACAUCAACGUGGACUGCUCCAAGCUGAAGAGGCUGCUACAAGAAACUGUACUGAAGUUCAGAGCUCUGAGGAAACCCGCCCAGCUCGCUGUCAUCAACAGUUUAGAGAAGGCGUUUUGGAACUGGGUGGAGAAUUACCCGGAUGAGUUCACCAUGCUCUACCAGAGACCGCAGACAGAUAUGGCAGAAGCCGCAGAGAAGUUGUUUGAUCUGGUGGACAGCUUUGCAGAGAGCGCCAAGAGGAAGGCAGCUGUGUGGCCACUGCAGAUCAUCCUCCUCAUCCUUUGUCCAGAGAUCACACACACCAUCUCCAAAGACACUGUGGAAGACAGCAAGGCCAACAAGAAGCUGUUUUUGGACAGUUUGCGGAAAGCUUUAGCGGGCCAGGGUGGCAGCAAGCAGUUGAUGGAGAGUGCUGCCAUCGCCUGUGUCAAACUGUGUAAAGCCUCCACCUACAUCAACUGGGAGGAUCAUUCCACCAUUUUCCUCCUGGUCCAGUCCAUCGUCAUGGAUCUCAAGGCUCUGUUGUUCAACCCAGCCAAACCCUUCUGGAGGGGGGCGGGCAGCCAGAACGCUGACGUGGAGCUCAUGAUGGACUGCUUUGUCUCCUGUUUCCGCAUCAAUCCUCGCAACAACCAGCACUUUAAGGUCUGUUUGGCCUCCUCCUCCCCUCCCACCUUUCACUUUGUCCUGGUCAACUCGUUGCACAGAAUAAUCACCAACUCCCAUCUGGACUGGUGGCCCAAGAUCGAUGCAGUGUACUGCUACUCUGGAGAGCUUCGCUUAAUGUUCUCAGAUACCCUCAACCGGGUGACCCAAGGUGUCAGCACCCACCCUCCAAUACGCAUGACACCGAGUUUGACCUUCAAAGGGAAGAUGAGCACCAGCCUUAAGUUCAAAGAGAAAGCCACAGACCUGGACACUCGAAGUUACAAGUGCCUCCUUCUUGCUCUGGUCAAACUCAUCCACGCUGACCCCAAACUCAUGUUGCAUAACCCAGUGAAACAAGCUCCAGAGAUGCAGAGCAGCACAGCAGAGCUCAUCACUGGCCUGGUGCAGCUAGUGGCUCUAAGCAACACCACCCAGCUCUCACAAGAAGCCAUGGAGGCUCUGUUAGUUCUACACCAGCCAGAGACCAUAGAGCUGUGGAAUCCAGAUGCCCCCAUAGAGACAUUUUGGGACAUCAGUUCACAGGUGCUUUUCCUUAUCUGUCGUAAGCUGAUUUCCCAGCAGAUGGUUAAUGGGACAGAGGUUCUGAAGUGGUUAAGGGAGAUCCUCAUCUGCAGGAACAAGUUUCUGCUCAAGAACAAGGAGUGUGCCACUAUGGGUGGUGGGAUCCCCAUCUGCCGGCAGGCGCAGACAAAGCUGGAGGUGUGUCUCUACAAGUUCCUGUGGAGUCCGGACACUGAGGCGGUGCUGGUGGCCAUGUCGUGUUUCCGCCACCUCUGUGAGGAGGCUGACAUCCGCAGCGCCGCUGACGAGGUGCCCGUCCAGAACAUCCUGCCCAACUACGCCACCUUCAGCGAACUGGCCUCUGUCAGCAACAUGAUGGGAACAGGCCGAUCUACCUUGCAGAAGAGGGUGAUGGCCUUGUUAAGGAGGAUAGAGCACCCCACACCGGGAAACAUUGAGGCGUGGGAGGACACACAUUCUAAAUGGGACCAGGCCACCAAACAGAUUCUUAACUUUCCCAAAAACAAGGCUGAUGAUGGGCAGCAGGAGUGGAUCAACAUGACCGGCUUCCUCUGUGCUCUGGGGGGUGUGUGUCUCCAGCAGCGCAGCACCCCCGGCCCGGCCACCUACAGCCCGCCUAUGGGCCCCAGUAGCGAGCGCAAACCCUCCAUGAUCUCCAUGGGUGACGUAUCCAACCCCAUGGCCUCGGCCUCGUCCUGCUCCUCGUCGGCCUCCAGUGAGACGCCCGUCAGCCGCUUCCUGGACCGGCUCCUGGCCCUGCUCGUAUGCGGCCACGACAGAGUGGGCCUACAUGUUCGCACUAAUGUUAAAGACCUGCUGGGGCUGGAGCUCAGCCCCGCUCUCUACCCCAUGCUCUUCAACAAGCUGAGGAACAGCAUUGGCAAGUUCUUUGACACACAGGGACCGGUUCCUAUCAAUGACACUAACACCCAGUUUGUGGAGCAGACCAUAGCCAUCAUGAAGAACCUGUUAGAUAACCACACAGAGGGCAGCUCUGAACACCUGGGACAGGCCAGCAUCGAGACCAUGAUGCUCAACCUGGUCAGGUAUGUGCGCAUCUUGGGCAACGCGGUCCAUGCGAUCCAGAUCAAAACCAAGCUGUGCCAGCUGGUGGAGGUUAUGAUGGAGAGAAGAGACGACCUGUCCUUCUGCCAGGAGAUGAAGUUCAGGAACAAGAUGGUGGAGUACUUGACGGACUGGGUGAUGGGAACCUCCAACCAAGCUGCUGAUGAUGACAUCAAGUGCCUGACAAGGGACCUGGAUCAAGCCAGUAUGGAGGCAGUAGUGUCUCUGUUAGCUGGUCUUCCUCUGCAGCCAGAGGAGGGGGACGGAGUAGAACUGAUGGAGGCCAAAUCUCAGCUCUUCCUCAAGUACUUCACCCUGUUCAUGAACCUGCUGAAUGACUGCAGUGAGGUGGAGGAUGAGGGCCAGGCAGUGGGGGGACGAAAGAGAGGAAUGUCUCGCCGACUGGCCUCCCUACGCCACUGCACCGUCCUGGCCAUGUCCAACCUGCUCAACGCUAACGUAGACAGUGGCCUCAUGCACUCCAUUGGUCUGGGCUACCACAAGGACCUGCAGACACGAGCCACCUUCAUGGAGGUUCUUACCAAGAUCCUGCAGCAGGGAACAGAGUUCGACACGCUGGCCGAGACGGUGCUGGCUGACCGCUUCGAGAGGCUGGUGGAGCUGGUCACCAUGAUGGGAGACCAGGGAGAGCUUCCCAUUGCCAUGGCUCUGGCUAACGUGGUUCCUGGGUCUCAGUGGGAUGAGCUGGCCCGAGUGCUGGUGACGCUGUUCGACUCCCGUCACCUCCUCUACCAGCUGCUAUGGAACAUGUUCUCUAAAGAGGUGGAGCUGGCCGACUCCAUGCAGACUCUCUUCAGAGGAAACAGCCUGGCCAGCAAAAUAAUGACCUUCUGUUUUAAGGUAUACGGGGCAGCAUACCUGCAGAAACUACUGGAGCCUUUGUUAAGAGGGGUCAUCACCACUCCUGAACACAUUAGCUUUGAGGUGGACCCCACCAGGCUGGAACAAGGAGAGAACCUGGAGGAGAACCAGAGGAACCUGCUGCAGAUCACUGAGCGGUUCUUCCAGGCCAUCAUCGGUUCAUCCAGCGAGUUCCCCCCACAGCUGCGCAGCGUCUGCCACUGUCUCUACCAGGCUACUUGCCACUCUCUACUGAAUAAAGCAACAGUAAAAGAAAAAAAGGAAAACAAAAAAGCAGUGGUGAGUCAGCGCUUCCCACAGAACAGCAUCGGUGCGGUGGGUAGCGCCAUGUUUCUGCGCUUCGUCAACCCAGCUAUUGUGUCUCCGUACGAGGCCGGCAUCUUGGACAAGAAGCCUCUGCCCAGGAUAGAACGGGGUCUCAAACUGAUGUCCAAGAUUCUGCAGAGCAUUGCAAACCAUGUCUUAUUUACAAAAGAAGAACACAUGAGGCCGUUUAAUGACUUUGUGAAGAGCAACUUUGAUUCAGCCAGAAGGUUUUUCCUGGACAUAGCGUCUGACUCUCCACCCAGCGACUCUGUCAACCACAGCCUGUCCUUCAUCAGUGAUGGUAACGUCCUAGCCCUCCACCGCCUGCUGUGGAACAACCAGGAGAGGAUCGGCCAGUACCUCUCCAGUAACAGAGAUCACAAGGCUGUAGGCAGGCGACCUUUUGACAAGAUGGCCACCCUGCUGGCCUACCUGGGACCUCCUGAACACAAACCUGUGGCUGACACUCACUGGUCCAGUCUCAAUCUGACCAGCUCCAAGUUUGAGGAGUUCAUGACCAGGCACCAGGUCCAUGAGAAGGAGGAGUUCAAAGCCUUAAAGACCCUUAACAUCUUCUACCAAGCAGGGACCUCGAAGACUGGGAACCCAGUGUUCUACUACGUGGCCCGCAGGUUCAAAACAGGCCAGAUCAAUGGCGACCUGCUCAUUUACCAUGUCCUCCUUACCCUCAAACCCUACUAUGCUAAGCCCUACGAGAUAGUGGUGGACUUGACACAUGUAGGACCCAGCAAUCGCUUCAAGACCGACUUCCUGUCCAAGUGGUUUGUGGUCUUUCCCGGCUUUGCCUAUGAGAACGUAGCAGCUGUUUAUGUCUACAACUGCAACACCUGGGUGAGGGAGUACACCAAGUACCAUGAGCGGCUGCUGACUGGCCUGAAGGGCAGCAAGCGGCUCCAGUUCAUCGACUCUCCGGCUAAGCUGGCUGAGCACAUCGAACCCGACCAACAGAAGCUGCCUGCUGCUACUCUGACCCUGGAGGAAGACCUUAAAGUGUUCCACAAUGCCCUUAAGCUGGCACACAAAGACACCAAGGUCUCGAUAAAGGUGGGUUCGACAGCAGUGCAGGUAACCUCAGCCGAGCGGACCCGCGUCCUUGGACAGCCGGUCUUCCUCAACGACGUCUACUACGCUUCAGAGAUUGAGGAGAUCUGCCUGGUGGAUGAGAGCCAGUUCACCCUCACCAUGGCCAACCAGGGCACACCGCUCACAUUCAUGCACCAGGAGUGUGAUGCCAUCGUCCAGUCCAUCAUCCACAUCCGGACACGUUGGGAGCUAUCGCAGCCCGACUCCAUCCCACAGCACACCAAGAUCCGACCAAAAGAUGUCCCUGGCACUCUGCUCAACAUCGCUCUGCUGAACCUGGGCAGUUCUGACCCCAGCCUCAGGUCUGCGGCUUACAAUCUGUUGUGUGCUUUGACCUGCACUUUCAACCUAAAGAUAGAGGGCCAGCUGCUGGAGACGUCAGGCCUCUGCAUCCCAGCCAACAACACCCUCUUCAUAGUCUCCAUCAGCAAGACUCUGGCUGCCAACGAACCCCAUCUAACUCUGGAGUUUCUGGAGGAGUGCAUCUCAGGUUUCAGCAAGUCCAGUAUUGAGCUGAAGCAUCUCUGCCUGGAAUACAUGACACCCUGGCUACUCAACCUGGUUCGCUUCUGCAAGCACAACGACGACGCCAAGCGCCAGCGUGUCACCGCGAUUUUGGACAAACUCAUCACCAUGACCAUCAAUGAAAAGCAGAUGUAUCCCUCUAUCCAGGCCAAGAUCUGGGGCAGUCUGGGCCAGAUAACAGACCUGUUGGAUGUGGUGCUGGACAGCUUCAUUAAGACCAGUGCCACAGGAGGCCUGGGCUCCAUCAAAGCCGAGGUCAUGGCUGAUACUGCAGUGGCUCUGGCUUCAGGGAAUGUCAAACUGGUCUCCAGCAAGGUUAUUGGUCGGAUGUGUAAGAUCAUAGACAAGACGUGCCUGUCUCCGACGCCCACACUGGAGCAGCAUCUGAUGUGGGACGACAUCGCUAUCUUGGCACGCUACAUGCUUAUGCUGUCCUUCAACAACUCCCUGGAUGUUGCAGCCCACCUGCCCUACCUGUUCCACGUAGUGACCCUGCUGGUAGCCACGGGGCCGCUGUCCCUCAGGGCCUCCACCCACGGCUUGGUUAUAAACAUCAUCCACUCCCUCUGCACCUGCUCGCAGCUCAACUUCAGCGAGGAGACAAAGCAGGUCCUGAGGCUGAGCCUGACUGAGUUCUCCCUGCCCAAGUUUUACCUGCUGUUCGGCAUCAGCAAAGUCAAGUCAGCUGCCGUUAUUGCCUUCCGCUCCAGCUACAGGGACCGCUCCUUCUCACCGGGCUCCUACGAGAGGGAGACGUUCGCCCUGUCCUCCCUGGAGACCGUCACUGAGGCCUUAUUGGAGAUCAUGGAGGCUUGUAUGAGGGACAUCCCAGCCUGCAAGUGGUUAGACCAGUGGACAGAGCUCGCACAGAAGUUUGCAUUCCAGUAUAACCCGUCUCUCCAGCCCAGAGCGCUGGUCGUGUUUGGCUGCAUCAGUAAGAGAGUGAGCCACGGCCAGAUCAAGCAGAUCAUUCGAAUCCUCAGCAAAGCGAGCCCUCUGCUCAGCAUAGACCGGGGUCUGGAGAGCUGUCUGAAGGGACCGGACAAUUACAACAGCCAAGUAUUAAUAGAGGCCACAGUCAUUGCUCUGACCAAGCUGCAGCCUCUACUGAGCAAGGAGUCUCCCAUGCACAAAGCUCUGUUCUGGGUGGCAGUAGCUGUGCUGCAGCUGGAUGAAGUGAACCUGUACUCUGCGGGAACAGCCCUGCUGGAGCAGAACCUCCACACUCUGGACACAAUGCGCGUCUUUAAUGACAAGAGUCCUGAAGAAGUGUUCAUGGAGAUCAGACGUCCUUUAGAGUGGCACUGUAAGCAGAUGGAUCACUUUGUGGGCCUCAAUUUUAGCGCCAAUUUCAACUUUGCACUCGUGGGCCACCUACUCAAAGGCUACAGACACCCAUCACCCACCACAGUGGCGAGGACAGUGAGAAUCCUGCACACACUGUUGGCUCUCAUCAGCAAACAUCUGAAAUGUGACAAGUUUGAGGUCAACACCCAGAGUGUGGCCUAUCUGGCUGCGCUGCUCACUGUAUCUGAGGAGGUCCGAAGUCGCUGUAGCCUCAAACACAGGAAGUCACUACUGAUUUCUGACCUGUCCAUGGACCCGGUACCGAUGGACACCUACUCCAGUCACAUCACUGAUCCCAGCUGCAGAACUCUACGAGAGACUCAGCCGUGGACGUCACCUCAGGUUUCCGAACGCUACCUUUCAGCCCAUCACUACCCCACAGUUGGCCAGAUCAGCCCACGAACACGCAAGUCCAUGAGCCUUGACAUGGGUCAGCCUUCACAGGCCAACACCAAGAAGCUCCUGGGCACCAGGAAGAGCUUUGAUCAUCUCAUAUCAGACUCCAAAGCACCAAAGAGACCAGAGAUGGAGUCGGGUAUGACCACCCCUCCCAAGAUGAGGCGCGUAGCAGAGAAUGACUAUGAAAUAGAGACGCAAAGAAUUGGAAACUCUCACCUUCGUAAAGUGUCUGUAUCAGAGUCCAACGUUCUGCUAGAUGAGGAGGUGCUGACCGACCCAAAGAUCCAGGCUCUGCUGCUCACUGUGCUGGCCACCCAGGUCAAAUACACCACUGAUGACUUUGACCAGCGGAUUCUGUACGAGUACUUGGCUGAAGCUAGCGUUGUCUUCCCAAAGGUUUUCCCAGUUGUCCACAACCUGCUGGACUCCAAGAUCAACACUGUGCUGUCCAUGUGCCAAGACACCAACCUCCUGAAUCCCGUCCACGGCAUCGUGCAGAGUGUGGUGUACCAUGAGGAGUCGCCCCCUCAGUACCAGCCCUCCUAUUUACAAAGCUUCGGCUUUAAUGGACUUUGGAGAUUUGCUGGACCCUUCUCUAAGCAAACCCAGAUACCGGACUACGCCGAGCUGAUCGUCAAGUUUCUGGAGGCGUUGAUUGACAGCUACCUGCCGGCGGCUGACGAGGAGCGAGGGGAGGAGCAGCUGAGAACGCCCACCUCCCCCUACCCCCCCACCAGCCAGAGCCAGCUCAGCAUCACUGCCAACCUCAACCUGUCCAACUCCAUGACCUCACUGGCCACCUCGCAGCACUCACCAGGUGUGGACAAGGAGAACGUCCAGCUUUCCCCCAGCUCUGCUCUGUCCAGUGGGGGCCGCACUCGCCACGGUUCAGCCAGUCAGGUCCAGAAGCAGCGCAGCGCCGGCAGCUUCAAGAGACCCAGCAUUAAGAAGAUUGUCUGAUUACCAGAGAACACCAAACCUCCACCUCCUCCACCUCCACCACCUUCUCUCCACCCUCCCCCCAGUCUGCCGGGCAUCAUGCUUCACUCCACUCUUCUUUAUUUCCUCCUUCUUCUUCCAUCUUGUUGCUUUGGCAGAAGAAGAAGAGAGGAGGAGUAUUACCAACUUGAAGUCUUUUUUUUUUUUUUCCCUGAUCUUUGGUGGAGGAGAAGCUUCAGUCGAUCGGUUUCUCUUCGUGUUUGAGCUCCUAAUCACACUCCCGCAGCGAGGGGGGCGUCACAUGUCAACCUGCAGAACAGGCUGAUGGGAAUGAAGUGUGGACAUGAAGGCUGAGUUUGGACAUGGACGGCUCGUGUUUCAACCGUAACGCGUCCCUUGGCCUUCCUCACAAAUAAACACUCCUGUGUCAGCGAGAUGGACCAAAUGACAGCAGCAGCCGGAGGUGGUGGGAGGGGGGGGUCAGACAGGACCCGGGCUCUGGUCCUGCUGGGACACGUCAGCUCCCCUCUCCCAGCCUUGUACAUAUUUUACAUAGACAGAUUAUGUAUAACUAGUCCUUAAUGCUAAUUUCGAUGUUGACGUUUUCUCCAUGGUGUGCCUUUGUCAGGGUUUUUCAAUGUGUACAAUUUGUAAAGUAAAAGUCAAACCUUGCUGGGGACAAAGAACAGGUACUAAUUAUGGAGGUGAGCCGUCCAUAUCACCACGAGUUCACACGAGCUGCGUCGCGACUGGCCUCCAAUGAUCGUCAAGUAUACAAUCAUCCAUAUACCCAUGUUGCCUGAAAGUAUUUAUCCUGUACAGCUAGAUAGUGCUACACAAAUUCUUCUUCUUUUAAAAACACUUUCAGAGAAUCAACAUGAAGAUUGCAAAACACUAGGGGAAAUGUAACAGUGUAAAUAGCUCCGAGCUUUUUUUUUUUUUUUUUCCUUUCUUUGUUUUUAGUGCAGUUGCUUUUAUUUUGUUUUGUUUUUUUUUGUUGGUUAUUUUUAGUAUUAAGUGUAUUUUCAGCAGCAUUGACUUUUCGUUUGUUUACACAGUGACAAUGAAAAUUGUGUAAUAGGCAAUAAUCCUCAACUCUCAAACUCCUUUGUCAGCCACCCAUUUUAUUUGUGCAGCGAGCAGAGGGAACGCAUCGCUGUCAGCCGGGUGACGCAGGAAGCCGAGUCCUGAGCUCUUAUCGAUUACUACAAAACACACACACACACACACACAACACUUGUUUGAUCUCAGCUGUCUGAGUGGACCCGCAGCUGUGACAGGUUUGUCCUGUGGGCUCAUUAAAGGACAAAUCCACCUGUGGCAGGUGGUUGUUUCACUGUCGCUGUGACAGAGGUGGAAUAUCGUUUGCCACAGCUAGUCAACUGUCAGCACUUGGAUUCUUCUUGUAGCCACACACACACACACACACACACACACACACACACACACUUUUGUCAGAAAGAGCUGGGCUCUAUUUUGUGGUGUUGUCUCUGAUUCCCACACAGCACAGACUCCACAGAGACAGUAAACAUCUGGUUUAGUUUAGUCAAGCCUUUUACACUCUGACUAACUCUGAGUGUGAGACAAAUGAUUUUUCCUUUAAGAGCUAUGCUGAUGAUCAUUCAGGUCAUAGUUGCCGUCCGUCCUCUCAGAGCACAUCUGGUGAGCAAGCAGAGCCUGGUGGACACCAAACAGGAUCUCUGUGCUGCAGCAACACAAACUCACGCCCCACAGAUCACAUCAGCGCAGACUGUUUUUUGCAGAGCGUGCUGUGGUAUUUCAGCUGUGUUUCUAACCUUUCAGGCGGCCGUUGGCUUCUUCAUCCACUUUCAGAGAGAGAGAGAGCACGUGCUUGGACAGAGCGUAGACAGAGAGAGCAGAGCCCGACGCAGACAUCCGCAUGAUCGAAAACCAAAGAGAGAGCUCUCAUCACAGAGCAGUUUAUUUUUUACACUGUCAAAUGUUCCACUCACCCACAGUGCUUCAACAGUGGUGGGAUCCUCAUCACUAUGAGGACUCUGUGGGUCCACCUCAGACAGACAGACAGACAGACACGUGGUUUCAGUUCUAGACAUGUUAAAAAGUCUUUAUUGGACUUUUUCAGGCACAUUGAAUCAGCACGACCAUAGAAGAAGAAGCAGCUCUCUGACAGAGACCAGGAUGGACUGCGUCUGCCUGCAGGCCGAUUCACGUGUUGUACUGAAAUGACGGGGGAACCAGUGGCUGCCGAGAGAGUGCAAACACACGCUGACAGGUUAGCUGUAGAGAUGGUCACAUGCUAAAACUAGCAGACUGACAGCAGCUGGUGUACUGGUUGGGUUGUUUGGUGGAGCAGGUCCACAGUGAGCCUGUUCCAGCCUGAGCUCCACUCGCUCCCUUCUCCGCCCCACCCCCCACUACACCCACCCCACCAACCCCUGGGGUCGGUUUGGUCAAACGCUUCUACCUUGCCUUAACAUCUAUGCAUGGCAAGAGUUGAGUAUUGUUGUACAACUCUGACUUUCUUUUGGUCUGAGCAGCAUCUCCACUCGUCCGCUGCUCAGCCUCACAUCUUUUGUGAAGUGUUGGAUGUCACAGUGUGUUUUUGUUUUUUUGUUUUUGGGUUUUUUUCCCUGUGCUGCAGUCGACUGAGGGGAAGUGUUAUUUUCUUCUGUCCACGCAGUUCAUUCAGUCGACACACGGUUACUCAAUUGAACGCCAUGAAAAGGUUUUUUUUGUUCUAGGCAGCCUCAGAAACAACAUGUUGUAGUUCAGCCAUAAAGAACAGCAUGAAGGGAAAGAAUGAGUUUAAAUGGACUGGGCUCGAACUUUUCUUACUGCCCUUCCAUCUCUGACGUUUGCUCUCAUUAAGUGAAUAAGGACCAAACCAAGAAAUUAUUUUUUGCCAGUCAGAAUAUUACUUCCCCAGAGUUCGUCCACAGUUGGACACAUUUAAAAGUCCAAACCCUGCCUGUUGUCACACCUCAGCACAGCUGGCCCGUGGCUCUGUCAGAGUACGAGUAGUAGUAGGUCACAUUGUGUGUUUCGGCUUCAGCUGCUGAUGUGAUUGAACAAAUAAAUGAAACGUGUCUUUUAACUUGAACACAGCAGAGCUGGACCAUACUGACCGGCUGAACAGCAGCCCUUCUUCUCAUUGUAAAUAGGCCUGUCCCCGCUUCAGAGUCCCUUCUUUCUAACACACAAGAUGUUUUUGCAUCAGUUUCCUAUGAAGGUCCAUGAUGGAAGGACGGUGGGGGGGUGGGGGGGGGGGGUUGGUUGGAAGUCCGGGACUUCAACCCAGAAACGUCUCAUCGUAUAUCUUUAUCGUCUCUCUGUUGUCUCUCCUCGCCACUCCUCGCCGUCUCACUGUUCUUAGUUAAGCUACACUCCCUGAUUUCCUUCAAAGACACGUCCACGAACCCUGAAUAACGCAAUCAGCGAGUGUACCUUUAACAAAACACAACCAGGAAAAAUCCGAAGGCAAGCUUUAUUCGAGCACCGUGUUAUAGCAGAUGGCCAUUGUUUCCAGGUUUUAGUUUGACUUGUGUGUGAAUGGAAGUAGUAAGGAUUAUAUAUCCAUAACCUCUUAAACAAGUGGUUGACUUGCACUAAUUUAAAAACAGUCAUGGGUUUGUAAAGAUGGAAAAACCUCAAAGUGUGGCAUGUUUUAUUUGAUGUUAUGCAAAAUCUAAUGUCUGUAGAGUAUUAGUCUGAGUUUUGUUUUUAAUGCAGUAUGUGUGACAAUUGUAAAUACUUUGUGUACAAUUUGAGAUGGUAUAUUUACUACACUGUACAUACAUGUGAUAUUGUAUCAUUUUGUUUUUGUAAAGCAGUUAGUUUCUGUAUAAUAAUAUACAAAUUGAAAUAUUCCAGUGUUAGUAAUAAAAUGUUUUGCUCUCC